AUGCGUACGGGUGCGGGCUCUAUAGUGCUGUAUUCACUUCUCACCAAAUUUACAGUGCGUGUCCUCUGUGUUCACACUACUAGUAUGCAUCUUGCACGAUUUGUCAAGUGUUGUCUCACUGCGUCAAGCCUCAGCGUCACCCUGUCAAGUUCAAUCUACUCUCUAUACUCUGCACCACCACGCUGGGUCAAGCACCACUCACACCACGACAAGUUCUCCAAAACAUCUUCGCGGUCUCUGUACUAAUAUCAAC